AUGUCUAUCGAGAACGGAUUCUACCUCAUCUUCAGCUCGGGGCCCGGCGUUGGCAAACUCGUCAUCUCGCCAACCGCCCAUCCCACCUUGCCUCCUUACCACUUCAUCCGAGGUUCUCUCACCAAAGAUCAGAGAGAGAUCUUCAAAGUGACACAAGUCGAAGGUUCAUACUUGUACACAAUUCACUCUACCACGCGCCCCAAUGCCGCGCUCCACAUCCAGGGCGAGUUAAUUGUUGCAUCUGAAGCCCUGGGAUCAGCCACCUCCUUUUCGAUUGAGCCGGCUGGUGAGGGAGUACACAGGAUUCACGUUCCUGCCCAAGAUUCUGUUGCCACAAUCUUAUCCCUUAAAGAUAAGCUCCAUGUGGCUAGUGCGGACGGUACUCCUUCUCAGUUAUUCACGUUCCAGAGACUUCUUUCGGAGUGA